UGUUUAUUUCUCGUUGAAACCUGUUGAUGGCUUUUUGUUUAUUCUGAUUGUGAUUAACUAAUUUGUUUGUUUAGAGUUAAUAUCUUUUCUUUAUUUUCUUUUAUUAUAAUCAGUCGAUUCUACAACACGAUUAUGACUGAUUUCGUUCAUUGUAAUCAGUGUUUUGCUUUACCUGAUCCUAAUGGAACCAAAUUCUGGUUCACUUCUUGUACUCAUAUUUUUUGCUCUUCAUGUUGUGAAUCAAUUAAAAAGGAUCGAUUUUGCUCCAAGUGUAAGAGUCGCUGUGAAUUUGUACCUUUGGAUAAAACAAUCAGACCAGAAUUACGAUCAUAUUUUGAGCCGAUCGAGAGACUUUUACAAAAGCUUGUCAAAAUUGAGAGAUUCCAACGGGCUCAAAGAGGAAAUUUACUUGCACAUUUUACCUCUCAGGCUUCCAGAGGACAGAUCACUCAAGAGAAAUGGGAGAAACGGGUGUCAUCUCUGAAGAAGGAAAUUCAUUCUCUAAGGAGUAAAAUUGGCUGUAGCGAUCCAUUGAAACGGUCAAAUUAUCCAAAUGAUUAUAAUUUCUCUAGACCACCAGAAAUAUUCAGACCGAAUCGUCAUCAAGUGCCUUCAUCAUCGAUGUUAAAAUCUCAAUCCCAUGAAAACUACUCGUUCAAUCAACCAACUCGAUUGGAUCCAGUCACUCCGAUGGUAAAUAGAAACGCCAUUUUGGAUUCACCAGCAAGCUCAAAAAUCACCUUGCGCUCAUCUUCAAGCAUAACAGCCUACAGAUCAAUUCGUUAACGCAACUCCACACCAACUAAAUCAUAUUAACAUUGACAAUUUAAUCAAAUCCAUGAUAAAAAACAACAACCAACAUAAACAUUAGUCAAUAAUCGUAACACCAACUGCCAAUUUAACUGUUGAUGUUUUUCUGUUAAUUCUGCUCCUAAUCAACUAAUUGUUCGUUUAAUUAAUCUCUUUUUUUCUGCGUUAUUUGGUUCUCUUUUUGAUGGCAACGAGUCUUUUCGAGAAAUUUUAUCUCCCUUCAUCUAAGACUUUGAGUGAGAAUGGAGAUUGUGAUUCCAAUCGAGAAAUUUACUCUUCUUUCAAACCAACCUAUUUGAUUCCAACUGCGAAUUCAUCGGCUGUAAAUGAUCAUGUUUGUAAAAUUUGUGUUUCUUUUUCAAUUUGUUGUUUUUCUCUAUAUGAGAUUUUUUUUCUUUUUCUGUUUCAUAUUACAUUUGAUUAAGAUUAGUUAAGUUUACAGCUGGUUUGUUCGAUCAUCAUAUUUGUUAAUCAUCUUCUAUCAGAUCAUCACCAACAUCAUCUUGUAAUUUGUUUCUCUUUUGUGUCUCUUCGACAGAUCAAUGAAUUUUUUCAAGAAAUUUUAUCUCCCAUCAUCUAAACCUUUAAGUGAAAAUGGUUCUGGUGGUGAUUGUGAAAAUGGCGAAGUUGGUGAAGAAGAGAUUGAUUCUAAUCGGGACAUUUGCUCGCCUUUCAAACGAACCUUCCUGAGUCCAACUUUAUUUGUUGAUUCAUCGGCUGCAAAUGAUUAUGUUUGUAAAAUUUGUCAUUUCAUGGCCGUUGAUCCAUUGGAACAUGUACCUGGACCCAAUGUCACCUGUUCUAAUAUUUUCUGUCUCCCUUGUGUCAAAACCUAUUCCACUUCUGGUUUAGCCUCUUGUCCAGCCGAAGGAUGUUUAACAAGUGGUUUUGAUUGGUCAUCUCUUCGUGAAUUGGGAACCAGAGAGAUCGCUCGUUUAUCAAAUUUAAUGCUCAAUUGUGAAUUUAAAUGUUCUCAAGUUAUUCCAUAUCGAGACUAUUGGACCCAUCGAGAAAAAUGUCCCGCUAAUCCUGAUAAUUUUUGCGAAAUUUGUGAUUCUCCGAAAACGUGUGAUACCCAUAGUUGCCGAGAAGUAUUCAUCCAAUUAAAGAAAAAGGAUGAAACUCUAGUUAAAGAAAAUAAUCAAUUAAAGGCUGAAAUUGAUAAAUUACGUCGUGAAUUGGAUUCACUAAGAGGCGAAAGAGCUGAAAAAAUGUCAAAUGGUAUCUCAUCGACAAUUCAGAUCACUCAUGAGAAGUGGGCGAAACGGGUGUCAUCUCUCAAGAAAGAAAUUCAUUCCCUGAGAACCACAAGCGGCUCGUCGAAACAAGCUAAAUAUCAAAAUGAUUUCGAUUUCUCUAAACCACCUGAUAGAUUUAGACUUCGGCAUCAAUUGGCCUCAUCAUCAGAACGCUCAAAAAUCACCUUACGUUCAUCUCAAAGCCUAUCAGAUCAAUUAAAUAACCUGAGACCAAAACAAUCACAUUGUAACAACAUCAUUAAACCACUUUGGACAUUUAAUCAAAACAAAUUCCCUAAUAAACAAAAAUGACACAACAACAAAUGUAAACAAUAAGCAAUAAUAUCAACUGUCAAUUCACUAAAUUGUCAUUCAAAGUCAAAACAAUUGUAAUAAACCGGUUUAAAUUGUAA